AGGGUGCGCGUCGGCGGGGCGGGGACUGCGGGCCUCUGCUGGCCCGGCGCGCACACGCAGGCGAGCGGCCCGAGUGGCCCUGCGGCGGCGGCGCAGCUGACCAGGCUCUGUCCGCCACCCCCACCCCGAGUGUCGUCGGCGCCGCCCAUGGCCGAGGUGCUGGAGCCAGAUCCCGGGACACCCGAGGAUGCGGCAGCCCAAGACCUGGAGACGCCGGUGUGGACGGCCCCGGAGGACGCGGGCCCCCAGCCCGGAAAUUACGAGAUCCGACACUAUGGACCGGCCAAGUGGGUCAGCACGAGCGUCGAGUCCAUGGACUGGGACGCGGCCGUCCAAACUGGCUUUACCAAACUCAGCAGUUACCUUCAGGGCAACAACGAGAGAGAGAUGAAAAUAAAGAUGACAGCGCCAGUGACCAGCUACGUGGAGCCUGGCUCAGGUCCGUUCAGUGAGGCGACCGUGACCACUUCCCUGUACCUCCCUUCGGAACAGCAAUCUGACCCGCCCAGGCCUUCGGAGUCGGGUGUCUUCAUUGAGGACAGAGCCGGAAUGACCGUGUUUGUACGGUCCUUCGAUGGAUUCUCUAGUGCCCAGAAGAAUCAAGAGCAGCUUUUGACGUUAGCAAGCAUUUUGAGGGAAGAAGGAAAAGUUUUUGAUGAAAAGGUUUAUUACACCGCAGGCUACAACAGUCCUUUCAAAUUGCUUAAUAGAAAUAAUGAAGUGUGGUUGAUCCAGAAAAAUGAAGCCUCCAAAGAAAGUCAAUGAGAAGAUGAAAGAAAGUUCCUGGCCAGGGGCAAAAGUCCUGUUUAAUAGGCGAGGGGUCUUCAGAAAGCGCAUGGAAAAUCUAUACUAGGAGAACGUUGAUUCCAUGAAGUCUCCUCGUAGACAGCACUACCUUUACGGAAAGUAUGUAUCUAGUGUCUUCUACUUGAGAGCAAUAGAAAGAACUGAGCUAUUUCCACUGUGCCUUUUUAAUGCUGAACACUUUAGCAAAUAUACAGGUAACAGGUGCGGUAGUCUGCAGACAGGUACACUGGACAUCAUUCUACAGUCGCCUGUAUCUCUGUGAAGAUCCAGGGAUGUGUUAUGUCAUUUCCUUCUUCAUCGCUGUAUCACAGUCACGUUGCCUUUUCCUGCUUGCAUUUGGGUCAGUUGGCUGUUAUCCCUCCAGGUAUUAUCAAUAAAAAUGUUUAAGAUUGG